ACGAACGCGCACCCCCUCUAUGAACGAGGAAGAGCUAACACGCCUCGACACGAAAAUGCUAGCCUCGUCAGAUUUGAGAAGCGCGUCAUCGUCCUCAUCGGCUUCGCUAGUGGAACAGGAGACAACUUGUUCGAGCACUGGCAUUGUAGGACAAAAUAGUAAAGGAGGCGGUCUGAAACCGAAAGACGGAGGUUUACGACAAGUAGAAAUCGGACAAGAGCUUAGCGAUGCUGAGAAGAUAGCGAGUACUAUACCAAGACAACAAGAUCAAGAGGUCGUCUCAGUGAGUCAAGGUAUCUUCAACCCCACACGAAGCAGCACUAUUGCUGCUCCAGCGGCACUGGUCAACAACAGGAACAAGUUCAACCCUAUGACAGAACAUCUCUACAACAAUCUCACGGAACGGCAGCUGCAGGAUAUGUGCUUGAAGAGCGAAGGCGAGAUGGCUGACAUGAUACCUUGCUCAUGCGGCUCCUCUUUGACGAAGGGAACCUUGAACGAAACCACUUCUAGUGGCCUCCAUCUCUUUGUUCUAGUUCACGGCUUUCAAGGCAAUUCUUUGGACCUACGACUGAUACGAAAUCUCUUAGCAG